AGAGAGAGAGGGAGGGAGAGAGAAAGAGAGAAAGAAGGAAAGGAAGAAAGAAAGAAAGAAGGAAAGGAAGAAAGGAAAGGGAAGGGAAGAAAGAAAGAAAGAUGGAAGAGAGCAAAUUAGAGGCCAUAUCAUAAAAGGCAAAUUGUAGUGAGUUGGAAAGGCUCUUUCGACCAUCUGAACUAUUUCAAAGGAGUCAAGGCACUGUUGUAUGGUUUAAUCUUUGUGUUCUUAUAACUCAUCGGGUCUCCAGUCCAGUGACCUUUCUAUCCAUUGUCCCUCCCUGUUUUUCACCCUUUCCUAUUAGAUACCUCUGUCCAACACUUCAGCCACUCUUUUACCAAUAUCCUUUUUGCCUCAUUCGUCAGUCACGUGUACCUGGCCAAAACAAAACUACCAUGGACAGUCCUAAUUGUCCUUUCCUGAGCCUGCACCUGGGUUGAGGAAGAAAAUCACAAACCUAGGGAGACUUAUGCCUUUGGGCACUCAACACUAAUGCAAUCUCUAGUCGGCAGUCUCUCCCAUUGUCUGUAAGACCACUUAACACCUCCCCCUCUCUUUGCACAUCUAACCACCCACCCACCGCCCUUCUUAGCACAGGAUCUCUUCACAAAGAAAGUAGAGACCUUUGCACAGAAACAUUUUCAACUUUCUGCUUCCAUUCCUUUCCCUCACACAUCUCUCAUAUACUGUACCCAACUUUGCUCCCUUCUUAAUAGAACUGCCUUUUCUCAUAUCUAGGGGGUCACCUUUCUGUCUGUGCUUCCUAUCCCACUCCCUCUGGGACCUCACUGCAUCCCAUUAUCCCAUCUCCUUCCUGUAUCUUCACCUCUCUUCUCCACUGCCCCUUCCCAGAUGUGUACAAAUAUGUUCAAGUAUCUUGCAUCCUAAAAACCAAACAAAAUUCAACCCCAACCCAUUUUUUCCCUAUAUCAUCUCCCUUUGUAGCCAGUUUUUGCAGGAUCUUAGUUCCCCAACCAGGGAUCAAAACCGGGUCCUCGGCAGUGAAAGCACAGAGUCCUAACCACUGGACCACCAGGGGAUUCCCACAUUGGCUCCAAUUCUUAACUCUCUUCCUCAACCCAUUGAGGUCCCUCUCCCAACACACUAUCAAAUCUGUCUUUACCAAGCACACCAGUGACAUUGGUCACUAAAUCUCCUCUUUAGCUGGCUCCUUUCCUCCAAACCAUUUCUUCCCUGAAUCAGGAUGGGUUUGAAUAUAGCAGUUGAGGAUGUUGAAAAUAGAGCAGGUAAAUAUGUUGAUGUCCUUUGGCUGCAGCUAGAGUACAAAUAAUUUCUCCUUUCAGCUUCUGAAUCUCUCAUGAAAUAAAGAUUUGGAGGAACUUUCUCCCUACCUCUGAAGUUUAUGAGAUUAGAAGACCUAAAAUUCUGGUCAGUCAUGUGACACUAUGGCCAUGUCUUGUAUGGUUGGGCAUGAGUUCAGCCUGUGAUGAAGAGGGCCUUGAACAGCUGGGGAUGAGUUUGGAAGGACUGGUUUCUCUGUCUCUGGAGUUUUCUUAGAAUCUUGGGUAAAAUGAUUUUUCCUCAUUACCUCUGAAGGGUAUCCAUGACCAUUUUUUGGAUGUGUGAUCAAGGAGACUGUACCCCCAUGUGCUUUCUUUCCUCUUAGCAUAAAGAAUCUCUGGAUCAGAUCUGGCAGCACCUUGAGAUCCUGAGAGUGAAAGUGAACUAGGCUUCUCUGAGCCUUGGUCUUCCAUUGCUGUUCUACUUGCCUCAGAACUGUUCACCUUUUUAAUCCAUCAUACACACCACUAUUUGCUUUUCUUGAAAUACUGCUUUUAUUAUCUCACACACAGAUAUGCAAACUCACAUUCAGAAAGUAGCCAGUGGCUGCCCGUUACCUAAAGUAAAAGUUCUUGUCUUGGCAUUUAGUUUGAGGUCUGGUCUAAUUACUGUCCCUAAACAGCUAAUGCAUUGUCCUGACUCUUAUCUCAGGCCCCCCGAUCCCCUGUGGCAUUCAGAGUCCCCACCGCUUAAACUAACUGUUUCUUUAAACACAGGCCACGUGUCUGACAGGUUCUGAAGGGCACACACUCAAUUCUUUAAAGGAAAAUGCCUUGUCGCUUUUUUUUUUUUACAUUGUUCAUUGUAAGAAAAAUUCAAACACUGACGCAUGACUUGUUUGAAUGAACAAACCAAAGUCCUUUGUUUCUCCAGUCUCACAGCUUACAGGAAGCCAUUAUUACAUUGUAAAUCUUUUAUGCAUGUUCUCCUUUUUUCUUCACACUCCCUACGCAUUUAGCUUUUUGAAAGCAGGGAACUACGUUUUUGUAUCCCCUCUCCUCCAACCCAGACCUAGAUUUACACAUAUAUUUUUGUUCAAUAAAUGUUUGAAUGAAUGUCCGAGUUUAUAAUUUUCUAGUUUUGUGGCAGUUGUUGAAAACUAUAGUCAUCACAGGAGCACAGUAUGUGUAAUUUCCUUUCUUUUCUUUCCCUUCCAGAUAUAACCAUAAACUAGUCACUGCAGAAAAAAAUUCAGGUCAAAUUAUAUUUUGCUUGCUUGGUCAAAGUAUCCAUUUAUUUCAAAUUAAACUUGGUGACUGGUUUCUAGUUGAGUGUUUUUGUUGUUUUGGCUGUGCCGCACAGCUUGUGGGAUCUUAGUUCCCUGACCAGGGAUCCAGCCCGGGCCCGGAAGUGAAAGUGCCAGUGUUCUAACCACUGGACCUCCAGGGAAUUCCCUCUAGUUAAGUAUUUUAAUGAUUCCCAUUUGAAAUUCAGUUGUUUGCCAGAAAGUGGUGCUUCAUGUUACAUCUAAAUGUAACUGCUCUCUAGCACUUUCUUGGGGUCUUCUUACCCACCCCCUGCCACCCCCAGUCAGGGUUGUUUUAUAUACAUUUGGCUGGUGCACACAAUUUUGGUAAUUUAUAUUUUGCCAGAAGAUCAUCCAUUUCAUCUAGGUUUUCCAAUAUCCUACCCUAAAUUCCUACCCUAAUGAAAUGGUCUCUAAUUCUUUUCAUCUCUUCUGAUUCUAUGGUUAUGUUCUAUUUCUCAUUCCCAUUCUGGUUAAUCUUUCUUUUUCUUAAUAAGGCUCUAAACAAGUUUAUCGGCUUUAUUGCUCAUUUCAAAGAAAUUAGCAUUUGAAUUUAUCUCUUCUUUUUAAUUUUUCCAUGUUUUUUUUUUUAAGUAUUUAUUUGGCUGCACUGGGUCUUAGUUGCGGCACGCAGGAUCUUCGUUGCAGCAUGCGGGAUCUUUUUUUUUAGUUGCAGCACGAGGGAUUUUUAGUUGCAGCGUGCGAACUCUUAGUUGCAGCAUGUGGGAUCUAGUCCCCCUGCAUUGGGAGCGCGGAGUCUUAGCCACUGUGCCACCAGGGAAGUCCCAUUAAUUAGUUUUUAUCUUUACUGAUUCCCUCUUCUUUGCUUCUUUGGGUUUAUUUUACUAUGAUUUUAAAGUCUCUUGGGACUUCCCUGGAGGCACAGUGGUUAAGAAUCCGCCUGCCAAUGCAGGCGACACGGGUUCGAGCCCUGGUCCGGGAAGACCCCACUUGCCGCGGAGCAACUAAGCCCGUGCGCCACAACUACUGAGCCUGCGCUCUAGAGCCCGCGAGACACAACUACUGAAGCCCGCGCACCUAGAGCCCGUGCUCUGCGACAUGAGAAGCCACCGCAAUAAGAAGCCCAUGCACUGCAACGAAGAGUAGCCCUCGCUCGCUGCAACUAGAAAAAGCCCGAGAGCAGCAACAAAGACCCAACACAGUCAAAAAUAAAUAAAAAUUAAUUAAUUAAUUUUUAAAAAAAGAAAAUUCAGCUCAAAAAAAAGUUUCUUAAGGUGACUUAAAUUGUUUUAUAUCUAUUUCAUUAACAAGUGAGGUAGUUAAGGUUAUACAUUUUCAAGCAUGGCUGUUGCUAGGUCCUAUAGAUUUUACCACGAAGUGUUCUGUUUAUUGCCUGUCCCUAAACAGCUAAUGAAUUGUCCAAAUUCUUAUCUCAGGCUUUCCUGAUCCCCCCUGCAGAAUUCAAGAGUUUGUAAUUUCGCUUUUGAUUUCCUCUUUUGAUCCAGCUGGAUUCUUUUCUUUCUGAUUUUUACUAGUUUGCUCAAGUUCUAGUGCAUCCUAUUUUUUCCCUUGUUAAUUUGGACGUUCUACUGUACUUUUCCAUUCUCAUAAUGGUUACCUUACCUAGAACUCAUAAUCAGACGCAUGUUUCUCUCAUUAUUGGAAGAGAAGAUGGCAGUGAUUUCCUCUAUCAACAAGUCCUUUUUCCCCUACCCCAGUAAACUACAACCUUACAUUUCUUUUUACUCCUCCGCAGGAAUUGCUUUCUAUUUACUAAUGGACACGCAUAGGCCGGUGGUUGGGAAUAUUUUCUCCCUGUGGGUAACUUCCUCCUCAGCUGUGAUCCUCUAAUCAGGUCUGGUAAGAUGUAACUAGAAAACAGAACGUAGAGGAGGAAAUGCUGCAAAGAGGCCACGCACAGGCUGGAAUUUCCCUGACGUUUAAAUCGGCUUGGACGGCCCCUGGACCUACAACUGAACAGAAAAGCGAGGCCCUUCAGCCGUUAAGCCAAAAGGCCCGCUCAUGCCGGCCCCGCUCCACUGCCCAAGGACUGCGAUUCCCAGAGGCCUCCGCGACCGGAGAGGCCGCGGCCGCGGGUGCGCAGGCGCACACCUGCCCCCGCGUGUGGGCUGGAAGCGCGCUGCGCCGAAGUGGUCAGAUGGGAGCUCCGGGUCUUGCGAGGAUACACAGGAUCAAGAGAAGAUUAUGAUGAUGGAGCCAAAGGAAGAGGAACAGUCUUGGGAGUAUGAGACCAGGCUACAUGGGAACCACUCUCCCAGUCAGGAGAUCUUCCGCCAGCGCUUCAGGCAGCUCUGCUACCAGGAGACUCCUGGUCCCCGGGAGGCCCUGAGCCGACUAAGGGUACUCUGCUGUGAGUGGCUAAGGCCCGAGAGGCACACCAAGGAGCAGAUCCUGGAGUUACUGGUGCUGGAACAAUUCCUGACCAUCCUACCAGAGAAGCUCCAGUCCUGGGUGCGGGGACAUCACCCUAAGAGUGGAGAGGAGGCUGUGACUGUGCUGGAGGAUUUAGAGAAAGAACUUGAUGAACCAGGACUGCAGGUCCCAGGCCCGGCACACGGACCUGCACAGGAAGAGCCGUGGGAGGAGAAGGAACCUGUGGGGGCAGCCCAGGAGAAACCAAGCAUCCAGCUCCAGCCUAAGGAGACCCAGCCUUUCCCAGAGAGCGAACAGGUAUAUUUACAUUUUCCAUCAGUUGUUGCAGAAGAUGAUGCAGAGCCCAAGGACAAAGGGUCGUUGCCAGAACCACCCAUUACUGACGUGGAAUCACAGGUGCUCAGAGAAAAACUCACCACCAGCACCUCUACAUUUGAAGCUGCCUCUGAAGUUGAGGCCCCUUUAGAGCAGCAGCAGAGAAAUCUCAAAGGGGAAAGACUGAAGCAGUCCCCCGCUCAGGGGAAAAGCUUCAGGCAGAUGGUUGCCACCCUUAAGACAACUCCCACAGGGAAGAAAGACCAUGAAUGCAGUGAAUGUGGUAAAGCCUUCAUUUAUAACUCACACCUUAUAAUCCACCAGAGAAUCCAUUCUGGAGAGAAACCCUAUAAGUGCAGUGACUGUGGGAAAACUUUCAACCAGAGCUCAAACCUCAUUCAGCAUCAGAGAAUUCAUACAGGAGAGAAACCCUACGAAUGUCAUGCGUGUGGGAAGUCCUUCAGGUGGAGUGCUCAUCUUGUUCAACAUCAGAGGGUUCAUUCAGGGGAGAAGCCCUACGAGUGUAAUGAGUGUGGGAAGGCCUUCAGUCAAAGCUCAUAUCUAAGUCAGCAUCUGAGAAUCCACAGUGGAGAGAAACCUUUCCUAUGUAAAGAAUGUGGGAAGGCCUACAGAUGGAGUUCUGAGCUUAUCAGACAUCAGAGAGUUCAUGCCAGAAAAGAGCCUUCCCAAUGGACUGUGGGUGAGAAAGUCUCCAGACAGAAUUGUACUUUUGUCUAAUCAGUUUUAGGACUCUAUUCCAUAAAAGUUAUAAGCACCUUAA